AUGAAAUUCUCAUCAGUACUUACUUUUUUUGUCGCUGCUUUGACAGCUUCUGCAACACCACUAGGCCUCUAUAGGAGACAAAACGUAACGUCCGGUGGCGGUACUGUUCCAGUAAUCAUCACCGGGGGUCCUGCUGUUUCUGGUAGUCAAUCCAAUGUUUCUACCACCACGCUAUUCAAUUCUACUUCUACGCUAAACAUCACUCAACUUUACCAAAUUGCUACCCAAGUCAAUCAAACCCUACAAAGUGAAUCAUCUUCCGGUAUUAUCAUCGUUACUAACUGGCGUUCCAUUGAAACUUUGAGCUUCUUCUGCUCAAUAGUUUUUAACACAACCAAGACCAUUGUCAUCACUGAAAAUUAUCUAUGGGGCGUACCAAUCCUAAGCAGCUCACACGCGGAAGGUAGAGGUACUUUGGUUGCUGGUAGAGAUAAAGUUGUGUACUCUGGUGUUUUCCCGCCUUAUACUGUUCCCGUCGGCGUUUCGUCCGACCAAAAAGUAGUCCAAUGGUUCUUCGAUGCUUGUGAGCCAACUCUAAUUGCAAGUAACUCCACGAUCAGAACCCAGUACUCCAACUUUACAAGUGUUCAAACAUCUUCGAACGCUUCCUCCACGACUAACACAUCUUCCUCCUCCGGCCCAUUAGUGCCAAUUAUCUACGAAGACGGAUACUCUCAAAGCUUGAUUCAAUCCUUGAGCUCCAGUAUUCAAGGUCUAAUUGUUAUCAGUUCUGGCACCGCUCACAACAGCACUGCAACAUCGUGGUCAUCUGUUGACUUCCCCGUUGUCUAUGCUACUGAUGGGUCUUCAGUCCUUGAUGGUUCCGGUAUUGGAUUCUUGAGUAAUACAAGUAUCCCACAAGGUGCGAUUUCUGCUGGGUACCUGUCUCCAGUCCAGGCUCAAACUUUGCUGUCUAUUGCCAUUAGUAACCAAGUUACAAGCCGCAGUGAUCUACAAGCGAUUUUCCCGGCCAGUCAGCAAUAA